AUGCUGCACUACCUUUACAAGGUCGCCCAGCAUAUCAAGCAGCACAAGCCAAGUUCCAUCCUGCUGCAGAUUGAGACGCUUGCCAAGGGUGGCUUCAAUGCCAGCAAGGCCAACCAAGCCAGGACGUCUCUGCUUUCUCAGCUCACAAAGACUAUCACAAGCACUGCUACAUGUACACGUCUCCGUCUUCGCACGACACCCUCGCCAGCCAUUUACUUUCUUCGCUGCUCAGCCCCAUCAAUUUUCCGCUCGCCGCCAGCCUGUCUAUGGAUUGGUCCGAGCGUCGAAAACAUGUCUGCGAAAGUCUCACCAGUCCAUGGAUACUGGGUGGUCUACACCAAGUACAAUCGACCGGUUGGCGGAGACUACGAGUCGUUCUACAUCGAUGGCUGGAACAAACAGCGCCAAGUGAACUACCCGUACGUCAUACACGGCUCUCAAACUCUUACCUCGGCACAGGACAACGCCGUCGUGUUCAUCGUCAUGUGGGUCAUCAUGUCGAUCAGGUUUGUGGUUAUCGAAGCGUUGAAAGAUCGAAUUUACAACUUCUUCCGUCUACGGGUGCCAUUUGACAAGUGCGAGUUUGUCUACAUGCUGAAGCGGGACGACACCGAAGUUCUUCUUGCGGAUCGAUCGGGUGUGUCGGACUUCGUAGCUAAAGUCGAGAGCUUCUUCGCCUCCAAGGGAAAGAUCAGCGGAUGCCGUACGACUGUUCCGGUGGUGGAGGUAGAUGGACUCCGAAUUGUCGAGUUCCAGCACAUCCGAUACGUGUACGAGGAGACCGAACAGCGCUUUGUGCCUGGUGUCGUCGCACUCGGUCGCACCUACGACGAUAUGCAACAAGAAGCCAGCGGACUAUCGGAUACCGAAGCGAGACACCGAAUCAACACGGUCGGAUCGAAUUCCGUUGACGUGGAGAUGCCGUCGCUGCCAGUGUCCAUGGCGCAGGAGUUCUUCACUCUGUUCUACAUCUACCAGAUCAUGUGCUACUACGUCUGGUACUACUUCACGUACUGGAACAUGGGGAUUGUCAUGACGGUCGUGGUGCUGGGUGCCGCCGUGGUUAACAUCUACACGCAGCGUCAGAUCCAGUCGUCGAUUGUCAAGAUGACCCGUUAUCACACGGAUGUGACGGCGUUCCGUGCCGGUGAGUGGCGAGUGUUGUCCUCUCCCGAUUUGGCACCUGGUGACCUGGUGAAGGUGUCGGAGAACUGGGUGGUGCCGUGCGAUAUGGCCAUCGUGAAGGGCACGACGGUGUGUGACGAGUCCAUGUUGACCGGUGAAUCGAUGCCGGUGCAGAAGUUCCCGAUCCCUGAACGCAGCUCGGAAGUGUAUGACCCUGAGAAGGGCAGCAAGAAGCACACGCUGUUCGCUGGUACUCGCGUCUUGUCUUCGGGUCGCAAUGAGGAGAUUCUGGCGAUUGUACAGACAACUGGUGCGCAUACGACGAAGGGUCAGUUGAUUCAAUCGAUCCUGUUCCCGAUCCCGAUGCGAUUCAAGUACAACGAGCACCUGAAGGUCUUGAUCGGCCUUCUUCUCGUCUACGCUGUCAUCGCGUGUAUUCUUGUGAUCAACUUCUUGUUGAGCAACGGCAAGUUGAGCAACCGUUAUGCCGCAUUCUGCUACGCCAUCUUUGUUCUGUCGUGCGUCAUCAGUCCACUCCUCCCCGUUGUCAUCACGGUUGGCCAGGUGAACGCCUCCCAGCGUCUCGAAAAGCUCGGCGUUUUCUCACUCAAUGUCCAACGUAUCACUCUCGCCGGUAAGGUGCGCAUUUUCUGCUUCGACAAGACCGGCACCCUCACCAAGCAGGGACUCGACUUCCUCGGCGUUCAACCGGUUAGGGACGGCCUCUUCACCCCCAUUGUCAACGAUGUGAAGGACGCAUCGUCGUCUGAAGAUCUUCUGUACGCACUGACGACGUGCCACUCGGUCGGCUCUCUUGAAGACCGUCUCGCGGGUAACGAAGUGGAGGUGCGCAUGUUCACGGCCACGGGUUGGGAGCUGGUCAAGAAGGAAGGAGAACAGCCGUGUGUGAAGUCGAAGGUGGACUCGGGACUGGAACUGGAGUUCGUCAAGCGCUACGACUUCGACCACCACCGCAUGUCCAUGAGCGUCGUAGUGUGCAACCGCAAAAGUGGCAAGUACUAUGUGUUCUGCAAGGGGUCGUACGAGCGCAUGCAACAGCUGAGCACACCUGGCAGUGUGCUGGCCGACUACAAGAGCGUGGCCGACCGUCUCGCCAAGGACGGAUGCUACGUUUUGGGUCUGUCGUACCGCGAGCUGCCGAGCGACUGGACGCAUGAGCAGGUUGUCGAGUUCGCCAACGACCGCGAGGCCGUGGACGAGAGUCUGUCGCUGCUGAGUCUCAUUCUGUUCCGUAACGAGCUCAAGGACGACACGGCCGACGCCAUCGCCAAGCUCAAGGCCGGCGACAUUCGCACCGUCAUGAUCACGGGUGACAACGCCAUGUGCGGCUGCUACAUUGCUCGCCAGAGUGGCAUGGUGUCGUCGAGCUCUCGUGUGAUUCUGGGUGAGAUGGUGUCAACGACUGAGUUCAAGAAGUUGGUGUGGCGCGACGUGGACUCGGAGGAAGAGUACGACCUGUCUGCGGUGAAGAGUUUGGUCGAACGGGGCGAGGACGUGGAGCUGGCCGUCACGGGUGUGGCGUUCGACUACCUGGUGUCCAUGGGCGAGAUCAAGGGGUUGUUACUGCACAUUCGCAUCUACAGUCGCAUGACACCCGACGGCAAGGUGGAGUGUGUGAAGCUGCACAUGGAGACAGGAGCAGUGACUGGUAUGUGCGGCGACGGGGGCAACGACUGUGGUGCUCUUCGUUUCGCGCACUGCGGUGUGGCUCUGAGUGACGCUGAAGCUUCAGUUGUGUCACCGUUCACGAGCAAGUCGAAGACGAUCGAGUCGGUAGUUGAUCUGUGCUGUGAAGGCCGCUGCAGUGUCGCGACGUCGUUCGCGUCCGUCAAAUUCCUGAUAGUCUACGGCCUCAUUGAGUCCGUUCUCCGAUUGUUCCAGUACUACCACGCCGUCGUUAUGUCUGGAUCCUCGCGGUCGGCUUCACACUCGUGGGCUGUUUGUACGUCAUCACGUGGUCUAAGCCACUGA